CUAUUGAUGAAGUUGAAUUGUUCCAAAUGAAUCCGCCAAGAAUCAGGUCUUGUUGAAUGCAAAGCUGCAACAUCAUAAAUGAUGAGUCGGGCUCCCGCUCCGAAGUCUGGACGUCCAUUAAAAAAACAAAACCAACCGUAACUGUUCCAUGAGGUGACCUUGGCCCGUAAAAGUUAACUUCCUGCUAUUCCUUCCUCCAUUCCACCCACCUGAGAAUCGGAAGAGAGUACAACAACAGCGAAACUGUUGCCCUACGAAGGGAGAGUGCUGGCCUGGAGGUGGGCUACUAUCUGGACUUCGGAGGCGAGAGCUAGAAAGCGGGAGAAGAGUGUAGACUUGGACGCUUUAUUUUUCCCAUGCAAAGACUUCUGAAGCUCUUCUAUCUUGGCGUGACCUGUGUACUUUGUCGCUUCUAGCUCAGUAUUUUUUUCCUCUCAGUUCUGCUGGAAUAUGCAGAGUCUUGUCAUGACUCAUUUUUGUUGUUUCUAAUGGAAAUGCCGUGGCCUGGAUUGCAUUCAUCUUCAAAAUAUCAGUUGUUGCCCUGCUUUCACUGCACACAGCGUUAUUAGAACUGUGCGAAUGUUCAUAUAGCCUGCUCUUGAACAGAGAGCGUGAAUAAGAGUCCGAGCGAAGAUAAAAGGGGCAAAAUGGGGGAGGGGAGCUCGUACGAGUCAAUGAUGGAAAAAUUGAAGAGCGGUCAGGCGGGAAUGCAACGUUUUGCAGUGAUUGGAAUCGCGGAGAAGGUGAGGAGGGGUGAGGCGGGCAGGGAGGCUCUCUUCCUCUGCCUCCGCUAUUCAGAGGCUCCAGUGAUUGACCAGACAGUGCGCGAGCUCAUAUGUCUCGCAGCAGAAGAGAAAGGCAAGGUGGAGUUUCCCGAGGUUUUCCGCGAGCUUCAGGCGGCGCUCGAGGGCUCGCCUUCUCACUCCAUCGAGACCAUCACUAAAGCAAUCGGAUAUCUCUCUCGACUUCUCUUUAAACGCUCUUCUCCACAUAUAUCUACUAUAUUUUCACCUCACAACAAUCCCUUCAUCAAGGUCUUUGCGUCUCGGGUUGAAGCUCAUACGGAGCUCUUGCAGCAGGUGAUCUUAUUUGUGGCAGAGGUCACAUUUACAAGCUAUGCUGAUUUUGCCCUUUUUUUAAGUCCUCUGUUGACUUAUACUGCAAUGCAAAUCUCGACAUCAACUCGUCAUACUUUCUUUUUCCAAUCCCUUCAUUCUCACUUGGCAUCAUUAUCCUGUACUCAUCUAUCUCAAGGGCUGUCCAUUUUCAGGAUUCUGGUGGAGUGUAUACAGUAUUAUCCCCGUGAAAGCACAGAAGAAAUCUGGGUAACUACAGCUUUGGCUGAAGAACUUGUGGAUGCACUUAAAAUCAUCAUGAAUAAGUCAACUGGAAAGGCAAUGGAAGAAAGAUUAUGUGGUUUAGAGCUCUCAAAAUAUCUUGUUUCACUUUGUAACGAUCUCAGCAAUCGUGGUCUUGGUAGUUCAUCUGUUCUCGUGCUUUUGAAACAUUCAGUAGAGGUGCAGAUGGAUAAAGAUCAUGAAUAUUUUUGUGAUUUUGAUUCUAUGCUGAUUACGUUGGCACAUAUGCUGGCUACCAUGCAAUAUGAACACGAACAACUUCUACUACUCAAUUUGGCCAUUGUUUCCCUUGAAUGGAAACAAGAAAGUGGUUUGCAAUUGUUUCAAAACACUGUGGCAGAUUUUCCAGUGGAAGUGCUCUUCAUUUUUCCUGUCAUUCAUGUUAUGUCAUCCCCAUCAAAGACUAUUAAAAAGACUGCAAUAAGUUUGCUACAGGUCUUACAAAAGAAACUACAUGAGUUACUGCUCAACCCUUCGCUGAUUACUAUUUCUGAAAGCACAUUGUCUGAUGGCGAGAAAUUUGGAAUGUUUGUGCAUCGUCUUGUAAAACAUAUUUGGUCCCAGGACCAAGGCUUAAUAACUUGGAAUUGUGAUUCUGGUUUAGCGAAUAUAUGGUUGUCCAAGCUGCUAGGUAGCAACAAUAGGGCAAAAGUUUGGCUUGAAAAUAUCCAAUUAACAUUUUUGAAAGGGGGUGGAGGAUCAAAAAGAAUAUUGAGCUCUCAGGAAAAGCCUAGCAAAGAUGUAGUGCUGUUAUUAAGUAUGGUGCUUAGUGGACUAGUUUUGCACCCAAAACUUGGGAGCUGCGCUAUUGAAGCAUUGACCGCAUUGAGUAGAAUUGAACAGUCAGUAGGUGUUUCAUAUUUGCUGGUUGUGCUCUUCUACCUGAACUUCUUGCAUAAAUAUGGAUGUAAAUCACAAGCACUGGUGUUGGAACUAUUAGGGAUGCUUCCAGAUCUGGCCUGCCAUUCUGUGACAGUACCUCUUAUCCUUCAGACAGUUCAGCAAAUGCUUAAUGAGGAUUCACCAAUGGAACUUCGUGCUACAGCUUUGCGUUUACUUUGUAAAACUUGGGAGUUUAGUGAUCAUGUUUUUGUGCAUCUACAGAAAUUUCUGCAUCCUAAACUCCUUUCAUCUUCUACAUUGGAUAUGGACCUUGUCAUAAGUAUGGCAGCUUGUGUUCGAGAUGUGUGCAAAAAGGAUCCUGACAGGGGUGUUGAUCUUAUAUUGUCAGUUCAGGCAUGCAUUGAGAGCAAAAAGGCAGCUGUUCAAGCACUUGGUCUUGAAAGCUUGGCACAUCUUUGUGAAUUUGAUGUUGUAGACUUUUACACAGCAUGGGCUUUUAUUUCAAAAUUUUUAGAAGACCCUUUAUCCGAUCCUGUUGUUUCCUACAGUUUGUGUGUUCUGCUCCGUUGGGGAGCUGUGGAUGCAGCAGCCUACCCAGAAGCUUCAAAAAGGGUGUUUGAGAUUUUAUGGGAGGUUUCAACUGUUAAAGGCAUGGAAUUUUCAGAUUUAUGGGUGGAGGCACGCAUAUCAGCAAUUCAUGCAUUGACCUUCUUUGAGGUUGAAUAUUUUCAGCAAAAAAUUUCUGAAUUUCCUGGAAAGCAUGUAGAUUUGCUUAUUUCCGAGCAUUCUUCAAAAGUGCAAAAUGCUACAGAGGGAUUGGUGAUCAAGUUCUUGAUGCAUGAGCAUAGCACUCGGCGUAAAGUAUUGAGACAGGAGAGAGUUGGGAUGAAUAAGGUUGAGAAGUUGUUGCAUGCUCUUCCCAAUAUUAUAUUUUCUCCAGAUGGAAAGAAAUCUGUUGCAGACAUUCCAGGUGCAAGUUUACUAUGUUUAACAUUUUCUCCUCCUCCAAAAGCAUUGGCAAAGAAAGUCUAUUUAAAGGAUUUGCAGAAGUGGCAGGCAAAGUAUAAAGAUGCUUUAAUGGAGAAUGCAGAAGGCAUCCAAUUAUCAAGAAACAUAUUUCUUGCUUUGCUGUCUUUACAGUCAUGGCUCUCUUUCAUGCGCUGCUGGCUAAGAGCAAAGAUAAUGGUUUUUGAAGCAGAAGGUGUGUGUGAUGGACUCGAACAGAUCACAUUAAAGGCUGCAAAGAGCAUAUUGCAGGACAUACGGAGCAUAGCAGAAGAGGUUGUACCAAGCACAGCAGAAAACUUGGCACUUGCCAUUGGUGCAUUGUGCAUGGUUUUGCCUUCUUCUGUGCAUAAUUUGGCUCCUGAUGCAUCAGAGUUUCUAUUACAUUGGUUGGGUCAAGAUGCUCAUGAGUACAAGCAGUGGACAUCUGCAAUUUCUCUUGGACUCUUGUCUACUUGUUUGCACAUUACUGAUUGGAAGAAUAGGUACGAGAUCAUUUUCAGCCUUUUGAAGGUUGCAGGCAGAAGUGACAGAUCUCUAGUAGUAGGUGGAUGUGGCGUGGGCCUGGGUUUUGCAUGUCAAGGCCUCCUGCAUGGUGAUUCUGUAGGUGCUGGCAAGCAGGAAGAAGAAUUACUUGGGCUGGUUGUGAAGAGCCUCACCCAGUUGCUCUGCCAGAUUUGUCCAUCUGCCAUGAAGUCCUUGCAGAGCCUUUAUGAAUUUGAUCUAUUCAAAACAGCUAACAGCAAUUAUGGAUUAAAUCUGAUGGAUUACACAGCUAAACAGUGGGAUAAUUCAGACGAGAAUGUUUGGGGUAUUGCAGGUCUUGUCAUUGGCUUAGGUAUCUCAGUUGCUGCAAUCCAAAAGCAUGACAGUCCAACUAUGGUAAUUAAGAUUACAAAUAUUCUUAUGUCUUGGAUUCCCUCUUUACGCUCAGGGCAGCGACAGAAUUUACUGUCAGAAUCUUUUGCAUAUAAUGAUGUCUCUGCUGUAUCCUUGGCUGUGGGUUCAUGUUUAGCUUUAUCUACUGCUGUAAGUGUUUGUCACAAAUUGGAACUGAUGGAUGAGGAACUAGACUCUUUAGUGGAUGGAUUUAGAAUAUUGAUUUCUGAAUCUGCUUCUCAAAAAGAACAUGGAUAUUUAUAUCAGAAUUUGUUAAUGGCAAGCUGCAUAGGAUCAGGCAACCUUCUGUCUUGUAUUUUGAAAGAAUCUGCACAUCCAAUGCGAUUGGAGAAUAUCAAACAUUUACUAGAAACAAUAAGAAGAACUUACAUUGAACCAAAUCCUCCAGUUGUUCACUUUGGGGGAAUGAUGGGUUUAGUCAAUGCCCUGAGUGCUGGGGCUGGGCUUAUUGAUCCUUUCAAUAAGGUGGUGGCAGAUUUGCAGCCAAGAGCCACUCAAAAGGAAACAUCAUUUGUAAGAGGACCAAUACUCUCAAAUCCUCAUUGCGAAGUAUUUUCACUGUCACUAAUACAAGAGAUCCUUGGUGUUGUACGAGAUUCAAAUGACAUUCACUUAAGACAUUCAGCAGGAUGGGCUCUUUCAUUUUUGAGGAAUGCCUACUUCAGUUCAGAUCAUUCUCUUCAUCAAGAAACAAAUGUAACACACAUUGAUUUCAGUAGCAAUUCUUCAUCCAUUUCAUCUCAAAGCUUUCCAGAGGACAGUACUGUAUGGCGCCUGUGUUCUGUUCUGUUAAACUAUACAACUUCACAGACUGGUUCUAUUGUACCUGUUAAUACGAUUGUGUCAGUCCUGAGAUGUUUGGAGAAAGCUCCUCGGCUACCAUCACUAGACUGGGGUGGUCUUGUUAGGUGUCUCAUGCGAUACAAGGAUCAGAUUUCUGCUAACCAGUUAUCUCUUGUUCCUGACAAGCAUUCAUUGCACACGUCAGGAGUACGAGAAGAAUGUGUUCAUUUUUCAUUUGUGCAUGCAGAUCACAUUUCUUCUUUGUUGAACUUCCUUAAUGAGCUUUGUGAGAUCUCAAGGUUGAAAUUGCUUGAACAUUCUUUGCAAUGUGUCUUGUUACUACAUAUGGUGGACAUGAUAAGGAUUUUCUCCCAAACUAGAAUGCAGAAGUUUUUCAGUGGCAUUAUGGACUUCUUCGGCAGGCAGUUAAAUUUUGAAGUCAUAGACCAUGACACAGAGAUAAACAGUAGAUUGAAAACUUCAUUGAAAAUAACUUUCUGGAAGAGCCUUCAUAAAUGUCUAACAGAUCUUUCGCUCCCCUCACUGGAGAUUUAUUCACAGUCCAUAAAGAACUGCAUGCAAAGCUUGUUUCAGUUGUUGCCUUCAUUGCCAUCUAAUUUCUCUGAAAUGAGAAACACUAUUCUUCUAAAUGCUGAAGAGGAGUGGUCACAGGCUAUUAAGUGCCUUAUGGAUGCUCCGAAGGAAUGGCUUCUAGAUAUUCUCCAGAUUGAAGUAAAGGAUUCUGAAGAGAGAGAAAAAUAUCCAGUUGCAAUGAAGAAAGUAAUUUUUGCUAAAGCCAGGCUUGUUGCCAAUAAUGGCAUGUCACACUCGGAGCUAGGAAAAGUUCGAUCUUAUCUCUUGAAUGAGAAAUCAAGUGAUAACUGGAGACUUCUCAUGGAGGUUGCCAUGGCACUGCGUCAUACAACAAAUGAUGUCAAAAGGAAGUGGCUGCUUGAUACAAUAGAGACAAGCUGUGUUUCCAAAUAUCCUUCCACAGCAUUGAGAUUCAUUGGUCUACUUACCAGCAGUUGGUGCCCUUAUGCUUCAUGUCUCACUUUGGAUCCUAAUUCGGUAUUGCAAGACCUUCCAUUCACUUGCUCUUCUUUGUUUGUUGAUGGUAGUUGGAGUCCCUUGCUUGGUACUUUUAUAAACAAAUGGUUAAAUUUAAUAGAACGACUUCAAAACUGGCAAUCAUCUUUGGAUGUAACUGCUGUUGAAUCCAUAGAGAAAGAUGAAAAGCAGGUUUCUAGCAUUCUUUUGGAAAUUUCGAAACAGACAUGCAUUGCCCUUAAAGAUCGGUUGCCAUUUGAAGUUCAGUUUAAGCUUGCCAAUAUUACUGUAUCUGAAUCGUAAUGAUUUUCAAAACUCUUCACAAAGUACAAACUCUUCACAAAGUACAUAUGUACAAAUCUUAAUUCAAUUUCAUGGCAGUUCAAUUCAUCAA